AUGUACGCGAGUGUGUGCAUCCUGUGCACAUCGGAGAACGCGUGUGCACAUCGGAGUUGCCUCUGCACAUGCACGCGUGUGCAUCCUGUGCAUCGGAGAACGCGUGUGCACAUCGGAGUUGCCUCUGCACAUGUACGCGAGUGUGUGCAUCCUGUGCACAUCGGAGAUCGCGUGUGCACAUCUGUGUUCGCAGAGCUCCUUCGCCUCCGAGGGACCCCAUGCCCCCAGCCCGACCCCAGCAGUCCCACCGAACCCCCAGCAUUAAAACCGACCGUCCAAGCCCAAGCCGACCCCAGCCGACCCCAGCAGUCCCACCGAACCCCCAGCAUUCAAAAACCGACCGUCAAGCCCAUGCCGACCCCAGCCCGACCCCAGUCCCACCGAACCCCCAGCAUUAAACCGACCGUCCAAGCUCCUUGCCGACCCCAGCCCGACCCCAGCAGUCCCACCGAACCCCCAGCAUUAAAACCGACCGUCCAAGCCCCAAGCCGACCCCAGCCCGACCCCAGCACCGACCCCGACCCGACCCAGCAGUCCCACCGAACCCCCAGCAUUAAAACGACCGUCCAAGCCCAAGCCGACCCGAUCCGCCAGCAGUCCCCGCCGAACCCCAGCAUUAAAACCGACCGUCCAAGCCCCAGCCGACCCAGACCGACCCCAGCGAGUCCCGCCGAACCCCCAGCAUUAAAACCGACCGUCCAAGCCCCAAGCCGACCCAGCGACCCACCGCAGCAGUCCCGCCGAACCCCCACCCCAAGCCGACCAGCCGACCAGCAGUCCGCCGAACCCAGCAUUAAACACCGUCCCAAGCCAAGCGACCCCGACGACCCAGCAGUCCGCCGAACCCCAGCAUUAAAACCGACCGUCCAAGCCCAAGCGACCCAGCCGCGACCCCAGCAGUCCCACCGAACCCCAGCAUCAAAACCGACCGUCCAAGCCCCAACCGACCCCGACCCGACCCAGCAGUUCGCCAAACCCCCAGCAUUAAAACCGACCCUGACCCGACCCAGCAGUCCCGCGAACCCCAGCAUUAAAACCGACCGUCCAAGCCCCAAGCCGACCCCGACCCGACCCCGACAGGCACACCGACGCCCCCUACCCCCGACAUCACCGGCGAGGGCGCGGGCGCGAGUGGGUGUGCCUUGCCGCGUCCUCUGA